AACCCAACGCGCACGUUAGAAGCUAGCGCGGGCGGGUUCUAAAAACCUUUCGGAGCCGUGACAAAAACCCUAAUCCGAACUCCAAAAAUUCCCCCCCAAAAGGAUCAACAAAAUUAGGGCUAGGGUUUGCAUCAUCCUUAAUUCCUGAAAUCUGUUGGCCUUAUGGAUUCGAUCAUCGUUGAAUCGCCAACAGCAGCUGAGUCGUCUCUCCACUUCGGUCCUCUCGCCUGCUCCGGCUUCUACUCCAUGCUUAAAGAAUCCGUCGACAGGUUCCUGGUUGAAGUCCGGAGGGAGACCUGCGACUUCGCUGCCUUCCGUUCGAUCUUCUUCCGUCUGCUUCAGUCCAGCGUCGAUCCCCCUCUGGAGGUCAUCUGGUUCUACUCCGCCCUUGGCUACCACGAAGCGAUCAGGCUAAAAAAAGACGCCCUCGAUCGAGUAUCCGCUGUGAGAGACCUUCUCCAGCUGCUCUCGGCUUGCUCUGCUUCGUGUGAUGGCCCAAAGUCCGUGGCUUUGCUCGCUCCCGUUGUUUCAGAGCUGUAUCAUUGUGUAAAAGAGGAAAAGAAGAUGUCCGGAAAGGUGGCGAAGAAGUUGAGGAAGGAGAUAGGGGGUUUGGUGGAGGCUCUUGUCAGCUAUAUUAGCAUUUGUAGCGGACAGAGUUCUGACGGGAAAGAGGUUUCUUCUGGCUACUUGCAGCCUUGUUUUGUUGAUGUUAUACGAGUGUGGACGGUGCAGCAUUUUGGGAGAGGAGAUGGUUUGAGUGUUCUGUUUCCUUUGGUUACUGAUGAAAUUCGUGUCUGCUUCGAGCAAGAAAGGUGUGGGAUUGAUUAUUUGGCUGGUGUUGUGGUUGUGGAGGCUUUAUUGCUUAGUUUGAGCUUGAAGGUUCAAGUGGAUGGGUCACCAAGGCUGGACUUACAGAAGGCGCUUAGACUCUGGGCCAUCAGUUCGAUAUCUGUGUUUCAGAAUUGUGUUUCAUUUGACUUAUUACUGAGGCUGCUGUUGAACCUACCAAUGCCAGUUAUGACCAUUUUGAGCUCCACUGACGAAAGCUGGCUAAGAAACAUCCUUUACGAUGCUGUUAUUUUAGCAGAUUAUUCUUUCUUAAAUCCGGGAGUUGAAGUAGAACAUUUUAGUGAUUCUAUGAUGAAUCUUGUUGUGAGAAGAUUGAUUGUUACUCAUGAAGCGAUCCGAAUUGUCAGGGAUAAAGGAGACAACCGCAAAGCCAUAGCCUAUACAAAUGCAUUUUCGACAUCUUGUGUUCCCAGUAGCUUAAUUAAGUGGGCUACUUAUCAGGUUGGCUUGGGGAAACUUAAUAGACCAAAUGCUACUACACCUCAAGCUCUUCUAAAGUGGCUUGUGGUUCUUGAAGAACAGGGAUUGAAACUUUUUGAUGAUAACAUUUCAGAACUUCAUAGCAAGUUGACUAUCAAGGAAUAUGAUGGCAUGCCUGAAACUGCAAAGUUUGAUUCAGGCAGCAACAGCACAGAUGGAGAUCUUUUCUUUUUUGAUAACACAGGGAACGUUGAUGAGAAUGCUGCAGAUGAUGAUCAAGACAUGGAAAUAAUGGAUUCUGCGUUUCAAUCUGCUGCUCGGUCUAUGAAAUCUGAGGCAAGCAAAGGGAGGAGGAAAAGGAAAGAAUGGGGUUAUGAAGGAGAUGAAUCACAAGUGAAGUUUGUCAAAUAUAAGAUCCAUGACAACUCAGUCAAAGAGCAUCUGAGCACUCGGGCAGUAGAUCGAAUGAGCAGUGAUAGUGAGACGGAGAAUCCACCUUCUCCAGAUGAGAUGGAAGAAUGAGAUGGACAGAGCUGAGAUUUGAGCAGCAGCGUUGGUUCCAUCCUUUUGUUAGAUGUGUCAUUUCGCUGAAACAUGUAAAGAGGGCUGAGAGCAUUGCUUAUAGCCUUAUGCUUAGUGCACUUGUUGAGAAGGGGCACAACCUUCUUUAAGGCGAUACUUUUCAUAGUUAUUGAGAGCAAGCUGAGCUCGUAGGAGACAAUGCAGCCUGUUUUGUAUAUGGCUUAUGUUUCGAAUGAUUUCUCAUCUCACUUUCGAAAAGACUUGAAUGGGAAUCAUCAGCAGUCAUGUUUCCAUUU